GGCGGGAGGGAAGGGAAGCGGCGGCCAAUGGGCGCGGGGGAUGCCGCGGAACGUGGAGGUGAAGGCGCGUCUGCGGGCGCUGGAGGCGGCGCGGGCCGCGGCAGAGCGGCUCGGAGGACCGGGCCGGGCCCGAGGGACGUUGCAGGCCGACACCUUCUUCCGCGUCCCGCGGGGCCGCCUCAAGCUCCGCCGCGGGCCGGAUGGGCGAGGGGAGCUGAUCUUCUACGAGCGCCCCGAUGCCACCGGCCCCAAGCUCUCCCGCUUCACCAUCACCCCCACGGACGACCCUGACGGCCUGGAGCUCCUCUCCCGGUAUGCAGGCAGUGCUGGCGCAGGCGCUGGGCGUGCUGGGCGUGGUGAGGAAGGAGCGUCUCCUCUACCUCGUGGGACAGACCCGGGUGCACCUGGACAGCGUGGAGGGGCUGGGGGACUUCCUGGAGCUGGAGGUGGUGCUGACCGAGGAGCAGACCGUGGAGGACGGCGAGCACGUGGCCCGCCAGCUGAUGAAGGAGCUGGGGAUCAGGGAGGAGGACCUGAUCUCCGGUGCCUACCUGGACCUUCUCCUGGCCAAGGGUGAGUCGGGCUUGUGAGGGUUCGCUGGUGUCCCCACACCAGGGGCAGAGCCCCCUUACUGUCACCCCUCACCCGGGCUGUGACAGCACAUCUGAGAGCAGCGGGGACAGGGCCAGCCCACCCCGUGGACGGCUGCUGCCCCAUGCCCUUCGCUGCACAAUAAACGCUGGAGAUGGA